AUGGGGUCGCCUAAGAGUUCUGUUUUCAUCUUGGUCCUUCACCUUCUGGAAGGGGCCCUGAGCAAUUCACUCAUUCAGCUGAAUAAUAAUGGCUAUGAAGGUAUUGUCAUUGCAAUUGACCCCAAUGUGCCAGAAGAUGAAACACUCAUUCGAGAAAUAAAGGAUAUGGUGACUCAGGCAUCUCCAUAUCUGUUUGAAGCUACAGGAAAAAGAUUCUAUUUCAAAAAUGUUGCCAUUUUGAUUCCUGAGAAAUGGAAGACAAAACCUGAGUAUAUGAGACCAAAACUGGAGACCUACAAAAAUGCUGAUGUUCUAGUUGCUGAACCUAAUCCUCCAGGAAACGAUGAACCCUAUACUGAGCAGAUGGGAAAUUGUGGAGAAAAGGGUGAAAGGAUUAAUUUCACUCCUGACUUCAUAGUAGGAAAAAAGUUGUUUCAAUAUGGACCACAAGGAAGGGUAUUUGUCCAUGAAUGGGCACAUCUUCGAUGGGGAGUAUUUGAUGAAUACAAUAAAGACCAGAAAUUCUACUUAUCUAAUGGAAGAAACAAAGCAAUAAGGUGUUCGGCCGAUAUUACUGGUAGAAAUGUAGUAAAGAAGUGUCAAGGAGGCAGCUGUGUGACCAAACCCUGCAAAAUCGACAGGGUAACAGGGCUGUUUGAAAAAGGAUGUGAGUUCAUACCUGAUGGUGAGCAGGCGGAGAAGGCUUCCAUAAUGUUUUCACAACAUGUUAAUUCUGUGGUCGAAUUCUGUACGGAAACAAACCACAACAAAGAAGCUCCAAACCUGCAGAACCAAAAAUGCAACCUCCGAAGCACCUGGGAAGUGAUUCGUGACUCUGAGGACUUUAAGAAAACCACUCCUAUGACGACACCACCACCCAAACCCACCUUCUCAUUGCUGCAGAUCGGAAAGAGAAUUGUGUGCUUGGUCCUAGAUAAAUCUGGAAGCAUGAAAGCUGGUGACCGCCUAAAACGAAUGAAUCAAGCAGCCAAACUUUUCCUGCUGCAGACCAUUGAGCAAGGGUCCCGGGUAGGCAUGGUGAUGUUUGACAAGGCUGCCCAAGUCCAAAGUGAACUCGUGCAGAUAAAAGGCGGCGCGGAAAGGGACACGCUCAUCAGAAACUUACCCACAGUGGCCGGAGGAGGAACGUCCAUCUGCACUGGGCUUCGAUCAGCAUUUACUGUGAUUAGGAAGAAAUACCCAACUGAUGGAUCUGAAAUUGUGCUACUAACUGAUGGGGAGGAUACCUCCAUAAGCACAUGCUUUCCUGAGGUGAAACAGAGCAGAGCCAUCAUCCACACAGUUGCCCUGGGGCCCGAUGCCGCGAAGGAACUGGAGGAGCUGUCUAAAAUGACAGGAGGUUUGCAGACAUAUGCUUCAGAUCAGGCUCAGAACAAUGGCCUCAUUGACGCUUUUGGGGCCCUCUCAUCAGGAAACGGAGUUCUCUCCCAGCGCUCCAUCCAGCUUGAGAGUACAGGAGCAACUCUCCAGGCCAGCCAGUGGAUGAAUGGCACAGUAAUUGUGGACAGCACUGUGGGAAACGACACCUUGUUUCUCAUCACCUGGACAGCACAGCCUCCCCAGAUCCUUCUCUGGGAUCCCAGCGGAAAGAAACACGAUGGCUUCGUAGUGGACACAAACACUAAAAUGGCCUACCUCCCAAUCCCAGGCACUGCCAAGGUUGGCCCUUGGGAUUACAGUCUGCAAGCAAGCUCCCAGACCCUGACUUUGACUGUCACCACCCGCGCAUCAAGUGCUACCUUGCCUCCACUUACAGUGACCUCUAAAAUGAACAAAGACAAAGGCAAAUUCCCUAGCCCUAUGGUAGUUUAUGCAAAGGUUCACCAAGGAGCCUUGCCAAUUCUGGGGGCCAGUGUCACAGCCCUGAUAGAAUCAGCGAACGGAAAAACAGUUACCUUGGAACUAUUGGACAAUGGAGCAGGUGCUGAUGCUACUAAAGAUGAUGGUAUCUAUUCGAGGUAUUUUACAGCUUACGAUACAAAUGGUAGGUACAGUGUAAAAGUGCGGGCGCUGGGAGGAGUGAACACAGCCAGACGGAGAGUUAUGCCCCAGCAGAAUGGAGCCAUGUACAUACCUGGCUGGAUUGAGAAUGGUGAAGUAAAAUGGAAUCCACCAAGACCUGAAAUUAAUAAGAAUGAUCUUCAAUGCAAGCACAUGCGUUUCAGCAGAACAUCCUCAGGAGGUUCUUUUGUGGCCUCCGAAAUCCCAAAGGCUCCCAUACCUGAUCUCUUUCCACCUUGCCAAAUCACUGACCUGAAGGCAAAGAUCCAAGGGGACAAUCGUAUCAAUCUCACAUGGACAGCCCCUGGGGACGAUUAUGAUCAUGGAAGAGCUUACAAGUAUAUCAUUGGAAUAAGCACAAGUAUUCUUGAUCUCAGAGACAAGUUCAAUGCAUCGGUUCAAGUGAAUACUACUAAUCUCAUUCCAAAGGAGGCCAACUCUGAGGAAGUCUUUGAGUUUAAACCAGAAAGCAUCCCUUUUGAAAAUGGCACAGAUCUCUUCAUUGCUGUUCGGGCUGUUGAUAAGGUCAACCUGACAUCAGAAAUAUCCAACAUUGCACAAGUAUCUUUGUUUAUUCCCCCACAGACUCCUCCUGAGGCACCUAGUCCUUCUCUUCCUUGUCCUGAAAUUAAUGUCAACAGCACCAUUCCUGGCAUUCACAUUUUAAAAAUUAUGUGGAAGUGGCUGGGAGAAUUGCAGCUGUCAGUAGCCUUGGGUUGA